ACGGGCUGCGCGCAUCUACAAAACAAGUGUCUCUCUUCCCUUUCGCCAGAUGGGGCAGGCCCUCCACGGAACCACCCGCCACGAGUUUGCGUGUGCGCACCGCGCUCAUUAUUAUCCAAAGCCAGUCGGGGUAUUGUGUGUGUGUGUGAGAGUGAAGGACCGGAGGCGGGGAAAUCGAGAGGGCUCGCUUGGAAAUGCCUCCCAGCCAACGUCGGAGCCCGGCGAGGAAAAAGACUUGACUCUCCUCUCCUGGCGGCUUUUCUCCCAGACAUUUUGGGGAGGCAGCGAGGAAGAAGCCAGCUCCGCCCCCUGAGCGCCCGAGCUGCCGCCUGUUGCUUCGCAAAAACUUCAGCAGUUCAAAAACUCCUGGACUGGCGGCCAGACGCGCACAGGAGUGGAGCGGCCGGGCGAAGGAGCGCGGUGCCCGCCAGAAGCGGCGAGGUGGGGUGGGAGGCGGGGAUCGGUCGAUCGCCUUUCUUUACCCCCCCUCCCCGUGUAUGGAUUUUGCCAACUGAGCCGCUUCCCGCCGCGAUCGCCCGGGCUUAUCAUGUGCGCCUCGAGGUCGGCUUCCCAGGGCAGCUCCCGAGCCGAGUGAUCCCUCCGCGGGGCGCUCCGCUCCGCUGCCCCCUUUCUAUUUUAAUGGUCAGCUUUUUCCUCCGGCCGCCGCCGCCGCCGCUCAGCCCGUUGUCUUCCUAGAUCUACACGCACACACACACACACCCGUGACGGAGAUGCACGCGGCGGGGUGGUUCAAGCAGCUGGCCGCUGCCUCCCGGAUCGUCUGGAUCCUCCUCUGGACUUUGGAGCUGCGGUGCGCCCUGGCGGACUUCACCCUGGAGAACGAGGUGCACUCGAGUUUCAUCCACCGGAGGCUCCGGAGCCAGGAGCGCCGGGAGAUGCAGCGGGAGAUCCUGUCCAUCCUGGGCUUGCCCCACCGGCCGAGGCCCCACUUGCACGGCAAGCACAACUCGGCUCCUAUGUUCAUGCUGGACCUCUACAAUGCGAUGUCGGUGGAGGAAGAGGGCCCCAGCGAAAGCGGCGAAGGGUUCUCCUACCCUUACAAGCCCAUCUUCAGUACUCAGGGGCCACCCCUGGCCAGCCUGCAGGACAGCAAUUUCCUCACCGAGGCAGAUAUGGUCAUGAGCUUCGUGAAUAUGGUGGAACAUGACAAGGAGUUCUAUCAUCAGCGCAGUCACCGUCGUGAGUUCCGAUUUGACCUCUCUAGGAUCCCCGAGGGUGAAGCAGUAACUGCAGCUGAGUUUCGAAUUUACAAGGACUACAUUAGAGAACGUUUUGAUAAUGAAACAUUCCAAAUCAGCGUCUACCAGGUCCUCCAAGAACAUCCAGGAAGGGAUUCAGAUUUGUUCUUACUUGAUACUCGUACAAUUUGGGCUGAAGAAGAAGGUUGGCUGGUAUUUGACAUUACAGCAACUAGUAAUCAUUGGGUGGUAAAUCCACAGCACAAUCUUGGCAUGCAGCUAUCAGUGGAGAGUAUAGAUGGACAAAGCAUCAAUCCCAAAUUUGCUGGUCUCAUUGGAAGGCAUGGUCCACAGAACAAGCAGCCGUUUACGGUGGCCUUUUUCAAAGCCACCGAAGUGCAUCUCCGAAGUAUCCGUUCUGCAGGAGGUAAACAGCGGAACCAAAACCGUUCAAAGGCACCUAAAAAUCAAGAAGCCUUUCGAGUGUCAAAUCUUGGAGGUACGCAAACAUUAGAAAACAGCAGCAAUGAUCAGAGGCAAGCUUGCAAGAAACAUGAACUCUAUGUCAGUUUCAGGGAUCUUGGAUGGCAGGAUUGGAUCAUCGCUCCAGAAGGCUAUGCUGCCUAUUACUGCGAAGGUGAAUGCGCUUUUCCAUUGAACUCUUACAUGAAUGCAACAAAUCAUGCUAUUGUGCAGACACUGGUUCACUUUAUAAACCCCGAUACCGUGCCGAAGCCUUGCUGUGCCCCAACACAACUCAACGCCAUUUCCGUUCUCUACUUUGAUGACAGCUCCAACGUCAUUUUGAAGAAAUACAGAAACAUGGUGGUACGAGCCUGUGGCUGCCAUUAACAGCCUAGGCAGGAAAGCUCUAUUGGGAUUUCAAAAUGUGCGGACGGAAUUGUUUGUCUAAAAUAGUGAGGUUUUUUUUUUUAAAGAAAAAAAAUGAGGAAAAAAGAAAAGAAAAGAAAGCUAUCUUAGGAAGAACAUUUCUAAAUGGGCCAAAGGUUCAGGAAUGAUUUUUGAGAUGCAAACGCUUCUUUGAGCAAAGUUGACUUUAGAAGCAUCUCGGAUGAAAAUAAGGAUGGAUUCUUCUUUUUUCCUGCAAGUGCCUUGUCAAGGAAACAGACCUCUUUUAUUCCUUACUUUUCCUUCCUGUCUUUUUUUUAAAAAAACAAACAAGAAAGCUAUUUGAGGUGUAUACGAAUGAGGAACACAUCUAUGUGUGCUACAUACAGAUUUAUAGAUCUCCUUCCUAAAGAAAUGCACCACAUGAAUUAAAAUGUAUGAAUGAAUUUAUCUGAAUCCACUGGGUCUCUUGACCACAUUACAAGGAAGAUGUGAAUUUUGACUUCUUUUUAAAACAAAAAUUCCACGGCCUUACAUGUUUCUGAUGUUCCCUGCCAAGGCAGCUAUAAAACUUUUGCAGUGAUUCCAGACACUGAGCAUUAUGUAUAUAUACUGUACUUCCUGCAGCUGGAUCUCCUGUUUCCCAUUCGAAAGGAGCAGGCAGCCUUACAAAUCCAAGAAUCAGGGCUGUACAUAAUAUCCUUGUAUGGCCAUGCAUAGUGCUCCAUAUACAAGCACAGAGACCGCAAGAUAAACGGCAUACAGAUUGGAGUUGCAGUGGGCUGUGUUCAGUGUAAUUCAUGGAAUUGCACAAUUAAGCUUCCCCUAUUUGAGAAAACAGGUUCUGACAAUAGCAUUCACUAGAAUACUGACAAUAAAAUUUUGCCAAUCUAUUUCCCAAGCCAUGGUAGCAAACAUGCAGAUUUACUGUAAUCAUUGUUUUAAUCACUUUUUUUCUGGCAAGAUUUCUUCUUUUCCUAUGCUUCCUAUGCAAUCCAAUUUGAUAAGCAAGAGAAACAUCUUUAACUAUUCAGAAAAGUGAAUCACUUAAUGUGCAGGAACAUUGCAUUCAGCCAAUAUAGAGAUCUUUUGUUUCUGAAAAGUGCCUUCUCCCUUUUCUGUUCUGGCAAUGCUCAUUUAAAUCUUCCUCUAAUCUGGAAGGGAACAGAAAGGUAUAAAAAGUUAAUAUAAUAAUUGCUGUUGAAUUAAAAGGCUACUAUUUAUAAGCUACGUUGGUCAGAUGAAUUUGGACUAAUAGGUGGACAGCUUAUCAAUAUUUCCACAAUGCUAAAUGACGUGGAAUUUCAACUCUGUCGAACAGUGAUAAGCAUUUUGUGAACUCCAGAUGCUACUGAACUUUUAAGUGUCAUGUUUCAUGAUCACCCAGCAUUGCCCAAGUAUUUAUUUAUAGGGGGAAAAUAUCCGGACCAAAUGUAAUUUCUAA